GCUGAUUUGAAACCACAUGGUCCACAACAUUGGGGUUUGUUUUCUUCUCCUUCUAGAUACUCAGCAAAACUUGGAGAACAAAUGGCAGAUCUUCACCUUUGCAAUAAAGAAAAUGGGGAAAAACUAAGAAAAAAAGAACAAACAAUUGGAGUAGGCCAGAUGGAACCUAAUUAUGUGGAUAAAUUUGGAUUUCAUGAGGUCACCUGCUAUGGCAAUAUAACUCAGAUCAAUGAGUGGCAAAACGACUGGCCUACUUUUUUUAUUCGACACCGCCUCCAAGCCCAAAUGGAUUUAAUAGAAAGGGAUUAUGGAGACAGAAAAGCAAGAGAGUUGUGGGAACAGUUAAAGCCAAAGGUUCCAGAAAUGUUUCAUGGCUUGGAAAUAAUUCCUGCACUUGUUCAUGGUGACCUGUGGUCAGGAAAUGUAGCUGAAGAUGACUAUGGACCAAUUGUCUUUGACCCAUCUUGUUUCUAUGGUCAUUCAGAAUUUGAACUUGCAAUUGCUAUGAUGUUUGGGGGAUUUAAUAGCUCUUUCUUCUCUGCAUAUCACAGCAAAAUCCCUAAGGCUCCAGGUUUUGAGAAACGCAAUGCCCUUUAUAAGUUAUUUAACUAUAUAAACCACUGGAACCAUUUUGGUACAGAAUUUCAGGGACCUUCUCUUAAUGUAAUGCAAAGCCUUUUGAAAUAAUUAUCAUGCAAUGUCAUUCUUAUUAAGUGAUUCCCUGUUUGGUACCUGCUGCUACAAUGUAAUGCAUCAGAAACGUUACUUAAAAGAUAGAAAGAGUUAAAUUGGUGAGAUAUACAUCUGCUUCCUCACAAAUUCUUGUAUUGGCUGUUGGGACUUAUGGAUAGUCAACUGGAAAAAAAACUUGUGGAAGAUCAUUUUCGUGCAUGGUAACUGCAGCAAGAUUACUAUAUGUACAAAGAUGGAAAGUUUCUGAAAUGUCCAUGAUGGUUAGUGAAUAUGAUGAAUUUACAGAAAUGGCAAAACUUACUUGUUUGAUUAGGGAGAAGACAAGUACAAUUAUGAUUGUCUGGAAACGCUUUAUGGACAUUUUGCUGAAAACUGGAAAAAUGUGAACUGGUGAUUGAUGGAGUUGAUGAUUAGAAAGGGAAGAUAUGGGAAGAAAGGAAUUAUGCUAUAACCUUGAAGAGGAAGAAGGUAAAUAUUUUGUAAUUGCUAUUAAGAAAAUUGGAAGCCAAUCCUUUAUACAUAUUCUUUUUCUUCCUUUUCAUUCUUCUAUCUUUUUUUAUUUAGUCACUUGCUCUGAUUCCUUUUUUACUCUUUAUUUUGUUUACUUUUAUGUUUGCUUCUACUAUUGUAUAAAAUACUAAAUUUUAUACAACAAAAUUUAAUAAACUCACAAACUCACACAUGUAUUGGCCUUGUGGGUUAGUAUAAACAUUUAGAGCUGAAACUUAUGCUAUUGUUAUUUAAUCCUUCAAAGAUUCAUGCAAGGCUUAUGGAUAGAGGCAAUGCUUCUAAUAUUUUAAUUUUAAUUCUUAUUGACUCAGUGUAGUAGCCUAAAAGAAAUCAUGGAUAAUGAAAUUUUACUCUUCAUAUCUUUUCAUUUUCUCCCCAUAUAAGAAAAAUUACAAUAAAAUUUUUAAAAAUAGAGAAUAUUAGUCACUGAUUUCCAUACCACUUCAGGAUUCAUUUGACUGCUGUGCUGCAUUUAUAUACUAUAUCUCAUUUGAAAAAAUUAUUCUAAGUUCUCCUUUCCAUUAGAAAAUAAAGUUGCAUUGUUAUUUUAUAACAAUAGAUUUUUGAGGUUUAGAAUUUUUAGCAUCUCCAAAAAAGCUUUACAAUAGGAUGUUGAAAAUAACAAUCUUUGAAAUGUAUAUUAAAAAUGCUUAUGUGAUAAAUGAAAUAUAAAUGAUUUGAGAGAAAAUUUAUUUAUAACAGUUGAUGGUUUCAGAAUUAUGCACUAACAUAGAUGAACUAUUUAUUGAAAUAAAAUAUUCAAUAUC